AUGGCUAGGAGAAACAGCUUAUGGAAUCGAAAGGACGAGGCAAAGAACCAGCCUCUUCCAACUCCAAAAACUCCCCUUGACCAGAAAGUAAACAGCAAGAAAGGGACAUCGAUUGAUGAUUUCAUAUCCGACCCUUCUCCGAAUUGGAGCAUCAAGGAACAUCGGUGGAGCUUCAACUCAAACAUGAGCAAUCAAAACGGUAUUUACCUUGACUCGGAGAAGAGUACUGCUACCGGCGCGUCCACAAAAGAAUUGCCAAAGAAACGAGGAAAGCGACCGAAACCACUACUUUCCAAGGCAGAUUUGGCAGAGUUGGAAUCGACUGAGGAGUAUUCAUCUUCAGAAGAAUCGGAGGUAGUAAAGUCUAAAUCCAAGACGAACAAGAAAAACAAGAGCAAUAACGUUCGAGGUAGAUCUGAGAGCCCUACUGACGAUGAGGAUUCUUCAGGUAAAGAAUCGAAAGGAGCAAAUGAUGAUUCCUCCUUUCGAUGGUCUCGGCUUCCUCCAUCAAAACUGAACAAGAAAGGAGAUCGGAAGAAGAAGACGUCGAGUUCACCAAACGCUUUGGACCCAAUCAGUCAGAGCAUGAGAAGCAUGAGAAACGCCCCGCUCUCGUCCAACGGUGACCGUAAGCCACUCAAGAAGGCUAAAUCUCUAGAAAACCCCUUUAGUCGAAAGCCAUUGAGAAGGACCAAGUCUACCAGAAGUGUUGACGUUGAAAGCACUGACCUAUCUCCUUCAGAGUCAUCAACAAGUGAGAAAUCAGUGCCCGUGGGUCGGAAGCCUUGCAAGAGAUCCAAAUCUAAUCGUAAGUUGGACAGUAGCAAGCGAGAAACAUCUCUGGGCCCAUCUGAUCUUCGUAAACCACAACGAAAGACCAAAUCGUCUCAGAGUGUCGACAAGAAUAGUUACAACUUGGGGGAGAGCGUGGACACAUUGAUGCACCGCAGCGACAGUGAGUUGUCGCGCAUACGAUCAAAACUCGAGAAGAUCAAGUCGUCUCGGAAUAAACUUGACGAAUCCAGCCGUAGUCGCAAGGAGGUGCGAUCUCUCGAUCGGAUGUCAAUAAAAAAGAGUAAAUCUUCUCGAAAGAUGAUCACAGAAGAUUCUUCGGACGACGACGAACCAACGGAAGAGAUGAAAGCUGUGACUUCGGACGUGAACGGCAACCAAAGUGAGAGUGAUUUAGCCCUCAUUUUAUCUUCAAGUGAGCGAAGAUUCCACAAGACAAGGCCUCGCGAGUCGGACACAGAUGAACACCCAGAUGCAAUGCAAAUUUGGUCGACCAGACUGAAAACAAAGUAUGGUUCCAAAUCGACUCCAACUGCACCAGAUAUGUCCGCAAAGUCUCCUGAAAGACGAAAACAACUGAAACAUACCAAUUCAUUUCGACGUAGAGGUCUUAUGAAAGGCAACAGCGUCCCUGCUUUGUCCCUUGAUGCUUCUUUCAAUUCGGAUCCACGCAGGGGUCUAAUGAAAGAAAACAGCUUGGCUAGUUUGUCUCUUGAUGCCUCUUUCGAUCCGAGAAAGAGGACGAAUAGACCAAGAACUAGAACUAGUAUCAACGUAUGUGGCAACCAAGGAGGGAGAGACUUGUCCUCGGAGUCUUUUGGUGGUGGUCGAGUAAGAAAGCAGAAACCAAGAUCUGUUCGAAGUGUGGACGACUCAUUGAUGCAUUCCAGUGAAAGUGAUCUAUCCCAUAUGAUAUCUGAAGGUCGAGGCGACUCUGAUCAGGCAGACGAGCCGAAGGAAGAAGUAGGUACCUCUCAGAGAUCUGCUUCCAACCGAAAAGCUAUUGGUGCUAGGAGAAGUUCUGCCGAUCGCCUCAAGGUGCGCAAAACAAACUCUUCUCGGAAUUUGGACCAAACAAGUGAUCAUAGCCAAAAGAAAGCAGAUAAUCGCAUUCGGAAGGCGCCCGGAAAGACUCGAUCGGAUGGAAGCCUUGCCAAUAUUAGAAGAGGGGGUGAUGUGGAACGAAAGGCACCAAGUCGGACGGCGUCUGCCGACCAUGUGGGUUCCUUUUACAUCCACCCUCCUGUAAGAAUCGACUUUGCAGGCGAAAUGAAUGAAUCAAAGAAUGUCUCUGAGCUACUGGACGAUAUCUCUGAAGUGUUGGAAGAGACAGAAAAACUCAAACGAAUUAUGCACCUCGAAACAGUACUGCACAACCUGCAAGAGACCUUUCAAGGAUUGGAUGCAAAGUUGGAUGCAGUGGAUCUGGAUAUUCCAAUGAAAAUCCAAACCCGAACAAAGGUGUUGGAAGCCGAAAAUGAAGUGCUUCGCGUCCGACUCGACCAACAAGACGAAGCCUUGAAGAAGCACAAAAAGGCCGCAAAUGUACAAAUCGUUGCGAUCGAGGAAGUGAGCGACAAGUCGACAUCCGAAUUGAAAAAGGAGUUCGACGAAAUGAAGGCCACUUUGGAGGAGAAGGACAAAACCAUCCAAGAUCAGGCCUCGCGAUCGAAACAAAUGGAAGUGGAGAUGGAAGAAAUGCGAAAAGAAGUGUCAGAGGGGAAAGAGGUCGCAACUUUGCAACAGCGCAUUUGGGAGCUUGAGAAAGAGAAGACGGCCUUCAUGACGGAGAUUUCUCGUCUCCACCAGACGAAUUUUGAAGCAUCGCAGCGUUCACUUUUGAGUUCUGAAUUGACUGGAUCAUUUCAAUCCAAAACCUCAGUUUCCACAGAUCAAUUGGAUGACAGCGACAAUCACCAAGGACCUGGUUUGGCUGGGUGGUUGUUCGGAUCAUCGAGGACGACUCGCGCAUAA